AUGAUCAGAACAGGGCAGGGAGGUCCCACGACAAAUGACGGGGGCGACGACAAACUAGGACGUCGACCUAGGGAUAGAUUCCGCGAAAGAGAAAAUGGAAGAUCUGGUAAUGAAGGGAGCACUAGAGGUGGUGGUGGAAGCGUACAAGCUGAAAUUCCUUCCACCAGUUCAUCAAUUGCACCCUCACCAACUAUAGUUCUUUCUGGAUCUCGUACAUUCACCGGACAGCAUCCUACUAUCUUACAGUCACGUGACCGACAGGACGACACCGGCAGCAUGUGCGAAGAAAAUGUUGAUGGAAGCAAGGAUUCUGGGGAUACCAGCAGCAUUGGAGAUCCAGAACUAGUCUCAGCAUUUGAAGGCCCGUCCAGUGGAUACGGUUCUCAAAGGCACAGUUCAAGAGGAAGCAAGUCAAGGCAACUUGGAGAACGUAGAGACAGAGACAACAGACGUGAAGGGAAAUACCUAUGUGUGGCUGAACUAGAUGUUGGUCCAUAUUUUGGGCAAUUGUACCAGUUUCUGUACAAUAGAGUGAUAUUGGAGUAUAAUGAGUUUACAUCCAGAAGAAAGCUGAUACGACUUCUGAGUCGAAAGCAAGGACUGACUUUUAGGCUGACUGGAUGGGAUCGGCCCUAUUGCUCCUUCGAAGCGAGGAAGGGUAGAUAUUCGGAGUGCUGCCUGAUCGUGGACGGGUUCAUCGAUGCUGGGAACAAGACUGGCUAA